AUGCACCCGAGGGACGCCAGCAAUGUCUGCGGCACCGAUAUGAAGCUGUGUCCCAGCAGCCUGGGCGGCAACUGCUGCCCCGGAAACUACGAGUGUGCCAGGGAGAGCUGCUAUGCGACAACAAAGGGGCCAUCGACGUGCGGUACCAAGGUCGGAUGGUAUGCCUGCGCGGCAGUGUAUGGAGGCGGUUGCUGUCCGGAUGGUUAUAUGUGUCAGAGAGCCGGCAAUUGCGUGCCUCCGUCCGGCUCGCCAUACACAUUUGGCUGUCCCGCGAGCCAGUAUCUGUGUCCUUCGUCGAUGAACUACGGCUGCUGCCCGAAUGGCAUGGGCUGUGCCGUCGACCAAUGCUAUUCGACAAAUGCAGCUCCCGUGACCAGGACCAUGGUCAUCACAACGACGGAGCAGGGCCUCGUUACCGAGCUGACCACGACAGCCACGGCCUUGGCAUCGCCCGCGUCACCGACUGCCUUUCCGGAAGUGGACCCAGAUAUGGACAGCGAGGACCAGAAAGUGCUCAAAUACUAUCCGGCCGCCAUUCCCAAGGUGUCGCCUCCAGGGGGAAGCAACAGCGGAAUCUCACCGGCACAACUGGGCGGCAUCGUCGCCGGCUGCGUGUCUUUUGCCAUCCUCGUUCUCCUCGCCGCAUUUCUGCUCUGGAAGCGAUUCCGGAGAAACAGCUCGACGGCUAAAGAGGGGCGACGGCAGCCCGAAAUGUCAUCGGGCUCGCACACCAUGAAUCUCCAGAAGGCCGACUGGGACGCCGACGCCAUGAGCGUGGAUGCAAUCGUGACGACCCCUUGCACGUCCCGCACCCGGCCGAGUCCAGGCAGAGUCGAGCCACCGUCUGUCCACGGCAGCACGGAGCUGGCAUUGACGGAGCAGACGCCCACGACCCCUGCCGAAAGGGGCUACUAUGACCACGCCUCAGGACGGUCCCCGGCCACGUAUAGCGAGCAUCGGGGCAUGCCGGCGCCGUCCAUCAGCCAUGCGAGCCAUGAAUCGUCUCCCGUGUACGGCGGCCGCCAUGCGCGGGCCUUGAGCGACUUGUCCGACGUGUCGAGCAGCGUCGACAUGGGCAGCGCCCGGGAGCGAGCGCCGCCGGCCGAACUCGAAGCCCAGCCCUGGAUUGCUGAGCUGCCGAGCUCGCCUUCGGCCAUGGCCUCGGCGGCCGCCGGCGACUGGUCGAGGCUGGAUGCCGGCGUGCAGGGAUGGGUUGGGCGGCCGCCACCACCUGCUUAUAGCCAGCAUCAGAUGACGAGGAUUGAUGGAUGGGCCAACACCGUCGCAGCAUCGAGGCUGGAUGUGGUGGAUGAAGAAAAGCCCGCGCGUUAUGAUUGA